GACACUGAUCUUACACUGGUCAGAAGAGAGAAAACACAGUCCUUCCUCCUGCUGCUGCUUUGGCUUUUGAAACCAUGUGGCUUUAUGAUUUUUUGCUGAGUUUCGACCUUAAGGGGUUGAUUCUGUUUCUGUUUAUUUUUAUUUUAAUGGCAGAUUUCAUCAAACACAGGAAUCCACCAAAUUAUCCUCCAGGACCGCCUGGUCUUCCCAUUGUGGGGAAUUUCUUCAGUAUGGACAGCAAACAUCCACAAAAUUAUUUUACCAAGCUGGCUGAUGUCUACGGGAACGUGUUCAGUGUCCGCCUCGGGGGGGAAAAGAUGGUGUUUGUGACUGGGUAUAAGAUGUUGAAGGAAGCCAUAGUGACACAAGCUGAGAACUUUGUGGACCGACCACACAGUCCGAUGUUUGACAGGAUAUACAAAGGCGGUGGUCUGUUCAUGAGUAAUGGUGAAACAUGGAAGAAACAGCGACGUUUUGCUUUGUCCACCUUACGCACAUUUGGCCUGGGCAAAAGUCUCUUGGAGCAGAGCAUCUGUGAGGAAAUCCGAUACCUGCAGGAGGAGAUGGAGAACGAGAAAGGUGAACCUUUCAGCACAGCAGGCCUCUUCAACAACGCUGUAUCCAACAUCAUUUGCCAGAUGGUGAUGGGAAAACGCUAUGAGUACAGCGACCACAACUUCCAGACCAUGCUGAGGUAUCUGUCUGAGGUUAUAAGGUUGGAGGGCUCCGUAUGGGGUUUGCUGUAUGAAUCAUUCCCCAACUUGAUGGCCUACUUGCCAGGUCCUCACAACAAAUUAUUCAGCCACUAUAAUGACCUCCACGACUUCAUGAACCAGGAGUUACAGAGGCACAAGAAGGACCUGGACCACAGCAAUCCCCGGGACUACAUUGACACUUUCCUCAUUGAAAUGGAAAAUCACAAAGACACCGACCUGGGCUUCACUGACCAUAAUCUGAUUAUGUGCUCUGUGGAUCUAUUCCUGGCCGGAACAGAGACAACUGCCACCACAUUGCAGUGGGCUUUGGUUUAUCUCAUCAAUAACCCUGAUAUCCAAGAAAAGGUACAGGCAGAGAUAGACGGAGUGAUCGGACAGAGCCGUCAGCCCACUAUGGCCGACAGACCCAACAUGCCCUACACUGACGCUGUCAUCCAUGAGAUCCAGAGGAUGGGAAACAUUGUUCCUCUGAAUGGACUCAGAGUAGCUACCAAGGACACAACACUGGGUGGUUACUUCAUACCUAAGGGUGUGUCCAUAAUGCCCAUGCUGACCUCGGUGCUGUUUGACAAAGAUGAGUGGGAAACCCCGAACACGUUCAACCCCGGACACUUCCUGGAUGCUGAGGGAAAGUUUGUGAAGAAAGAAGCUCACCUGCCUUUCUCUGCAGGGAAACGUGUGUGUCUUGGAGAGGGCCUGGCCAAGAUGGAGCUGUUUCUGUUUUUGGUAGGUUUAGUGCAGAAGUUCUCUUUCACGGGUCCUGACGGAGUCGAGCUGAGUACAGAAGGAGUUACUGGAACGACUCGAGUGCCGCACCCCUUCAAGGUUCAUGCCAAGGUUCGCCACAAAGACACCGACCUGGGCUUCACUGACCAUAAUCUGAUUAUGUGCUCUGUGGAUCUAUUCCUGGCCGGAACAGAGACAACUGCCACCACAUUACAGUGGGCUUUGGUUUAUCUCAUCAAUAACCCUGAUAUCCAAGAAAAGGUCCAGGCAGAGAUAGACGGAGUGAUCGGACAGAGCCGUCAGCCCACUAUGGCCGACAGACCCAACAUGCCCUACACUGACGCUGUCAUCCAUGAGAUCCAUAGGAUGGGAAACAUUAUUCCUCUGAAUGGACUCAGAGUAGCUGCUAAGAACACAACACUGGGUGGUUACUUCAUACCUAAGGGUGUGUCCAUAAUGCCCAUGCUGACCUCGGUGCAGUUUGACAAAGAUGAGUGGGAAACCCCGAACACGUUCAACCCCGGACACUUCCUGGAUGCUGAGGGAAAGUUUGUGAGGAAAGAAGCUCACCUGCCUUUCUCUGCAGGGAGGCGGAUUGCAUUUUUUGUCAUUUGCUCGUCUGUGCUCCUGCUCUGCUCCAUGAUGAGGGGGUAUCUUCUCUUUCUGGGGCUCGAUCUGAGGGGACUGCUGCUGGUAUCUAUCACUGCUCUGCUGCUCGUGUACUUUCUGAACAAAAAGGAUCCUCCUAACUUUCCCCCGGGACCUCCAGCUCUCCCUCUUCUAGGAAACGUCUUCAGCAUCGAAGCCAAACAGCCUCACAUUUACCUCACCAAGCUCGCUGAUGUUUAUGGGAAUGUGUUCUGCAUUCGUCUGGGAAGACACAAAACAGUGUUUCUGUCUGGGUGGAAGAUGGUGAAGGAAGCUUUAGUGACACAGGCGGACAACUUUGUGGAUCGACCCUACAGCCCAAUGGUGAACAGAAUUUAUUCAGGCAACUCAGCAGGUCUUUUCUUCAGUAACGGGAAAGUGUGGAGGAGACAGCGACGCUUCGCCAUGGCCAUGCUACGUACCUUUGGUCUGGCCAAGAGCUCCACAGAGCAGAGCAUCUGUGAAGAGAGCCAACAUCUGCAUGAGGAGAUGGAGAAGGAGAAAGGUAAGCUGUUCGACCCUGUGCCGGUCUUAAACAGCGCUGUAGCCAACAUCAUCUGUCAGAUAGUGUUUGGGAGACGGUUUGACUACAGCGAUCACAACUUUCAGAGCAUGCUGAAGGAUCUGGCUGUGAUUGCCUACUUGGAAGGCUCCAUAUGGGCUCUACUUUAUGAUGCGUGCCCUGCUCUGAUGAAACACCUGCCCGGGCCUCACAACGGCAUCUUCAGCAACUCCAAAUCUCUGGUGGCAUCUAUCAGGAGAGAGAUAGAAAGGCACAAGCUAGAUCUGAACCCCAGCGACCCUCGAGAUUACAUCGACACCUUCCUCAUAGAAGAGAAACAUAACAGACGCAGUGAACAGGGCUUUGAGGAAGGAAACCUGGCUCUGUGUUGUCUGGAUCUGUUCAUGGCCGGCAGCGAAACCACCUCAAAGACCCUGCAGUGGGGCCUGAUCUACCUCAUCAAGAACCCUCAUAUCCAAGAAAAAGUCCAGGCAGAGAUAAACGGAGUGAUCGGACGGAGCCGUCAGCCCACUAUGGCCGACCGGCCCAACAUGCCCUAUACUGACGCUGUCAUCCAUGAGAUCCAGAGGAUGGGAAACAUUGUUCCUCUGAAUGGACUCAGAGUAGCUGCCAAGGAUACAACACUGGGUGGUUACUUCAUACCUAAGGGAACCUCUGUGAUGCCCAACCUGACCUCGGUGCUGUUUGACAAGACUGAGUGGGAAACUCCAGACACCUUCAACCCCGGACACUUCCUGGAUGCUGAGGGAAAAUUUGUGAGGAGGGAAGCGUUUUUACCUUUCUCUGCAGGAAAGCGGGCCUGUCUGGGAGAAGGCCUUGCGAGAACGGAGCUGUUCUUGUUCUUCGUCAAUUUGUUUCAGAAGUUUCGUUUUUCCACUCUGGAAGGAGAUGAGCUGAGGACGGAGGGAAUCACUGGAGCCACACGUACACCGUACCCCUUCAAGAUCUAUGCCAAGACCCGAUAAAUCCUGUAACUGCUC